GGAGGCAGUAUUAAAUGGUUUGCACAAGAAGGCACGAUACCACAAGGUGGCUCUGGUGAGGCUUGUUGGAAUGAUGUUGCUUGUGUUCGUGCAGGAGCAGCAUGCAGCUUAUGUCAGAGCUGUAGCCACAGAGACUGUUGGCACGGGCAUUAUGGGUAAAAUGGGCAACAAAGGUGGGGUUGGCGUGCGCUUUGACCUCCACAGUACUUCAUUAUGUUUUGUUAACUCACAUCUUGCUGCACAUGUAGAGGAAUAUGAGCGUAGAAAUCAGGACUACCAUGACAUCUGCUCACGGAUGAGUUUCACACGUUUCUUGCCUCCUAAGGGCAUCAAGGAUCAUGA